CUGUGGUAUGAAAUAUCUGUAUUCUUGGCUCUGUACUUAUAUUACCUACUUUGUCGACUUCAAGAUUCUACAAAUUUAUUGAAAUUUCUGUAAUUAAUAGAAUCUAAAAUCUACAUCCAGUACGAUCUGUGGAAUCAGUAAUUAGAAAUUAAACAUGUCUGAUUGGGAUACAGUUACAAUUCUUCGUAAAAAACCACCUAAAGCAUCUGCACUGAAGACUGAACAGGCUGUAAAUGCUGCACGCCGUCAAGGUUUACCAGUAGAAACUCAACAAAAAUAUGGAGCUGGUACCAACAAACAGCAUGUUACUACUAAAAACACAGCUAAACUUGAUAGAGAGACUGAAGAAUUGCGUCAUGAAAAGGUAUCACUUGAUUUGGGAAAAUUAAUAAUGCAGGGACGGCAAGCUAAAGGCAUGAGUCAGAAGGAUUUGGCUACAAGAAUCUGCGAGAAACCACAAAUAGUAAAUGAUUAUGAAGCCGGUCGCGGCAUACCAAAUAAUAUUGUUCUCGGCAAAAUCGAAAGAGCAAUUGGUAUAAAACUUCGUGGAAAAGAAAGAGGCCAACCACUACAGCCUCCUGGAGGAAAGAAAUAACGGAUUCCCUGGGAGGCGAAGACCAUACUCCGAUUUGUUUAUUGCAUAAUAAUUUCAUCUUCUCAUUUUGCUAUUGAAUGAUAAUGGACAAUGUUUUUGUAUUAUGGUUAUCAUGGUAAAAAUGACGUAAGCAUAUAAUUUCCGGUCUGGAAUAUUCUGUUUGAUGUGUUACCACCUCGGAAAAUGUGGAGAUAUUCAGACUAGAUAACUUUGGAUGUGAUAUGCAAUAAAGAUAUUUUAUUUCAGUUAAACAAUGUUUUUGUGCAGUUUAA